AUGGCGUCACCGGCCCUGCAGGUUCCCAAUGGCUCCGACAACACAGCACACCGUCCCUCGAUAACCAGCUCACAUUCGAUGCCCUCGGUCGUCAUGAACGGCCACCUCGCCCCCGUGGGCGACAAGGCCACGCCCGAGCAGUACGAACUCGGCGUCCAGGUCAUCGACGAGAACAAGGAGUUCAACUCGAAUCUCACCAACUAUCUGGCUCUUGAGAAAGUCAUCCCCGCCGGCUUCAACUACCAUCUGAUCUCCGUCUUCGGUUCUCAGAGCACCGGCAAAUCUACCCUGCUCAACCACCUGUUCAAGACGUCCUUUGGUGUCAUGUCCGAAACCGAGCGCCGCCAGACCACGAAAGGCAUCUGGAUGUCCAAGAAUAAGCGUGUGGCCCAGGGCGACAAGACCAUGGCCGACAACAUCCUGGUCAUGGACGUCGAGGGAACCGACGGCCGUGAGAGAGGCGAAGACCAGGACUUUGAGCGGAAGAGCGCGCUGUUUGCCCUGGCCACGAGCGAGGUGUUGAUCGUCAACAUCUGGGAGCACCAAGUUGGCCUGUACCAGGGCGCCAACAUGGGUCUGCUGAAGACUGUUUUCGAAGUCAAUUUGCAGCUCUUCGUCAAGGAUAGCAGGACUACUACACGCUCCCUCCUCUUCUUCGUUAUUCGCGAUCACAUCGGCAACACCCCUCUCGCCAACCUUAAAAACACUCUUUUGCAAGAUAUGCAACGCAUCUGGUCGACGCUGUCGAAACCGCAGGGCCUCGAGAACUCGAGGAUUGAGGACUAUUUCGACUUCGCCUUUGCCACGCUUCCUCACAAGAUACUGCAACCGGAGAAAUUCGUCGAGGAUGUGGAGAAGCUUAGCACACGCUUCCGGGAGGGUUACAAGGACCCCAAGACUGCGGGCUUGAUAGACGAGGAGAAGCAGCCUGUCUUCCUGCCGGAGUAUCACAGACGCAUCCCGGCCGACGGUCUCCCGACCUACGCGGAUGGUGUUUGGGAAUCGAUUGUCAACAACAAAGAUCUAGACUUGCCAACACAGCAGGAGUUACUCGCCCAGUUCAGGUGUGACGAAAUCUCACGAGAGGUGCUCGUUGCAUUUGACGAGAAGAUCACACCCUUUGAGGAGAAGCAGGCCGAGGGCGUUCGCUCCGGCAAACCCUCUGUUAUCACCGGCCUUGGUGAUGCUAUGAACACUGCCCGCACUGCCGUUCUCAAGGAGUUCGAAACCAAAGCUUCGAGAUACCACAAGGGCGUCUACGCACGGAAAUCAAAGGAAUUGUCUGGGAAAAUUGAUACUCGUCUGAAGGCAUUGUUUGCUGGUCAGUUGACCGCGGCACACAAGUCUGGCGUCUACGACUUUUCCGAAGCCGUCAGCGCUGCCGUGAAAUCAGGACAGAAGAAGGGCAGCAACUACGACUUUGCCGAGAUCGUGGCUUCCGAAAAGAAGAAGGCCCUAUCGACGUUCGAAGAGCAUGCAAAAGCUAUCGUGGUGGAAGGUGCACCAUGGAGCGAGUAUGGCCAACAGUUCAACUUGUAUAAAAAGGAGCUUGACGACGUGUCGUCACGUCUGCGCAAAGAGGAAAUGCGUAGGUUGGCAACUCGCAUUGAGCGGUGGGUGCGUUCUCGUCUGAAUGAGUCUGUUGGGUUGGAGUUCAAUAGGCUGGGUUCGGGCCGGGGAGGUUCUGGUGCUCCAGCAGAGGGAGAGAAGCACACUACGACAACUGAAAAGGAACUGUGGGACAAGAUCUGGGCGGUCUUCACCGAGACGGUCUCUCAGGCCGAGAAGCGUUUCACGGAACGCGCAGGCAGCUUUGACGCAUCGCCAGACGAGACUGAGGUUGGCCUGUGGCGCUUGAGACGGAAGAGUUGGGGUUGUCUACGGGCGAAGCUCGAUGAGGAGAUGAUGGAGGGUAACCUCCUUCUUAAGCUCCGCGAGAACUUCGAAGACAAAUUCCGCUACGACGACACUGGCGUUCCUCGCAUUUGGCGUCCCACUGAUGACAUCGAGGGCAUCUACACGCGCGCGCGCGAAUCCACCCUCACUCUCAUCCCUCUCCUCAGUCGCUUCCGCUUGUCGGCAACAUCCGCCCCACCGCCUUUGGAUGCGUGGAUCGGUGCAGCCCCAGCCACUGUCACGCCGGCCGAUGAGGAGGACCUGACACCCAUUGGCGGUGUGGACGAAGAGGAAGGGAAGAGCCUUGAGGAAGAGAUGACCGUGCUGAGCGAUGCCAAGCAGGCAGAUCUCAGCGUCCGCUUCAAGAAGACAGCUGAUGGCGUCUAUGUUGAGGCCAAACGCGGCGCCAUUGGUGGUAUCACACAAGUGCCUUUGUACUUCUACGGACUUUUGCUUGCAUUGGGUUGGAACGAAAUCUGGGCAGUCCUCCGCAACCCUCUCUACUUCAUUUUCAUGAUCCUUCUGGGCGUUGCCGCCUACGUGACAUACACACUCAACCUGUGGGGCCCGAUGAUGCGGAUGAGCAACGCCGCGUCGCAGCAGGCGAUCGAGAUGACCAAGGAGCGUUUGCGCGAGUUCCUUGAGAGUAACGAGACGGGUCGCCAGGCCAUGGGCAUGGCAAGCCGCAGCAACACCACCGAGAGCAUCGGGAUGGACAAGCUUGACAGCCAAGGCAAGAAGGCCGAGACAAGCGCCGCGGACGAGGACGAGGACGACAUAUAA